ACUGGGCAAGUGGGGGGGGGUCAGCGGGCAAGAUGGCGGCAGUGGUGGAGGUGGAGGUUGGAGGAGGUGCUGCUGCGGAACGGGAGCUGGAGGAGGUUGAUAUGUCAGACCUUUCCCCAGAGGAGCAAUGGAGGGUCGAGCAUGCACGCAUGCAUGCCAAGCAUCGAGGCCACGAAGCCAUGCACGCUGAAAUGGUUCUCAUCCUCAUCGCUACUUUGGUGGUGGCUCAACUGCUCCUGGUGCAGUGGAAGCAGAGGCAUCCACGUUCCUAUAAUAUGGUGACCCUCUUUCAGAUGUGGGUUGUUCCCCUCUAUUUCACAGUGAAGCUACACUGGUGGAGGUUUCUAGUGAUCUGGAUCUUCUUCUCUGCCGUCACAGCCUUUGUCACCUUCCGAGCCACACGAAAACCUCUAGUACAGACAACUCCAAGGUUGGUUUAUAAAUGGUUCCUGUUGAUCUAUAAAAUCAGCUAUGCCACUGGCAUUGUUGGCUACAUGGCUGUCAUGUUUACCCUCUUUGGUCUUAACUUGUUAUUCAAGAUUAAACCAGAAGAUGCUAUGGACUUUGGCAUUUCUCUCCUUUUCUAUGGCCUCUACUAUGGAGUUCUUGAGCGAGACUUUGCAGAAAUGUGUGCAGACUACAUGGCAUCUACUAUAGGGUUCUACAGUGAGUCAGGCAUGCCUACCAAACACCUUUCGGACAGCGUGUGUGCCGUGUGUGGACAGCAGAUCUUUGUGGACGUCAGUGAAGAGGGCAUCAUUGAGAACACGUACAGACUGUCCUGCAAUCAUGUAUUCCAUGAGUUUUGUAUCCGUGGGUGGUGCAUUGUGGGAAAGAAGCAGACGUGCCCCUAUUGCAAAGAGAAGGUAGACCUGAAGAGGAUGUUCAGCAAUCCCUGGGAGAGGCCUCAUGUCAUGUAUGGACAGCUGUUGGACUGGCUUCGAUACUUGGUAGCCUGGCAACCUGUCAUCAUUGGCCUGGUGCAAGGCAUCAACUACGUCCUGGGUCUGGAAUAGUCAGGGAGAGCAUCCAUGAAGAACCCACCCCACCUGCCGUGGACCUCAGGGCACUCUCCUCGCUGCCCACGAAGACCUGUGCGGGAAAGACUCAAAGGGGUGCUUGGGUCACUCAGGACCUCUCUGGCUGUGUCCGGGCUGGGGAGGGAUAUGAGAACCAGCCAGUGGAGCUGUCAACAGUGGGGUGGGGUGGGGUGGGGGGGGAGGCUUUUUAAAAGAAAACUAUUUUGAUGAAUAUAUUUAAAAACCUUUUUUAUUGUGGAGCAGAGGAGUUACCCCCUCCAGGUCUCACCCUGCCUGAGCAGGGCUGGGGCAGAGCCAUGAUGUUUUUGGUUUAAAGAAGCCUCACCUCUGGCUGAGAGCACUAUUGGUUCUCAGGUAGCUGAGAGUCUCUGCCUGCAUAUUCCCUUUCUUUCCUUCCCUUCCCUUCGCUUUCCUUUCUUUCCUUUUCUGUGGGGUUCAAGUGUGGUGCACUCAGUGUCGAAGAGCUGAAAAGCUCAGACUGGUGCCACAGUUGAGCACUAAGGGGGCUUCCUUGCUGCCCAGUGUAGGACUUAGGAUGGGUAUUGAGUUUGAUUCUGUCUCCCCUGUCCAGGAGCUAAACACAGGGUGGGGCAACUGGGACCUCAUCAGUCACUUUUCCCAGGGAAGCCCAGGCCUCAGGAUUCAUUGAUGAUGUGUUUUGGGAUAACUGAAAGAAACCGCACCACGGAUAACCUGCCCUGAGCAGGCUGUCUUCAUCCAGGAACAGAGGCCAUCUGGUUUUGGGGUAACUGUUGGUGUGAUUGAAGGCCUCUUGUACAGGUUGAUCCAUCAGUAAGGAUAUGUGCCAAAGGCCGGUGUGCACAUCACUUCCUUCCUGACAGCCUGAGCGAGGGUGUAUACAUGUGUGUAUGUGUGUAGCAGGACUACGACAGAUGUCAACUUCGUCACUUGUCACACUGUGUCCUUGAAGCUAGUGAGGGAUUCCCAGCGGAGGGAGCAGCCCUGUGUGAGCGUCAUUGUUCAUGAGCCCUGCCUGGUGACAUGAUAACAUGAGAGUGGUGGAUGGGAGGGAAGGCAGACAAGGCCUACCUGAGUGCAGGUUUUGCAUAGGGGCUUCCAGGCAGAAGCCGCUAGGAAUUUGGAAGUGGAAGGGCACCAGUGCCCAUCAUCGCUGUGUUUCAAGGGAAUAUGGCCCAGGGUGGCUGCCUCUUCAAGGGCAGUAUCUUGUCACUUGUGUGAAUAAAGCUCCAUGAGCUGGG